CAUUAGAUACAGAAUCUGGAACGGAAUGUGAUGCACCUGAUCUUCCUGCUGCCCAGGCAAAGAGAUAUUUACCGAGCGAAAGUACGUCAAAGGCAGCCGUUGUAGAACACAUAUCGUAUGAAACAUCCAGUAAAGCCCAAGUCGAUUCUGGCAGUAGGGACACACUACAGACAAUUGCCCUGCUGGAGAUAUACAAGUCACAGAGAGCUAUAGCCCACUACCUUGAAUUGGCAUAUCUUUCUGUCUAUGACUAUACAGACAUCAAAAAUAUGGUGUUUGCAGCAUCGCAGUUUGCCGAGGAAAAACAUUAAAAAAACAACUGACUGGGAAUGGUGUUGGUUAGUCGAUGAAUUAGGCUGGGAACUGAAGGAUCUUACCAUUUAUGAUGUAGAUAGCCUAAUAACGACUGCAUGUAGACUGAAAAUAUAUACGGACGAAUUACAGAAUAGUUAUAUUGAACUCCAAGACAUUAUCCGGAGUCUCAUAAAACGUUGCGAAAACUCCACAAGUUUGCGUAAACACAAGGAAGCAAAAGCACGCGAUAGAAAAUGUAUUCGUUCAGAGGAAGAAAAAAAGAAACAGAUGAUAUACGACGAUACUCUUUCUUGCAUAAGAUUGAUGAUGAUUGAGAAGGAUGCAGGCGAGAGCUGGCGCGAAAAAGAAACUGUAUUGACAAUGAUUCGACCAGGAUCAGCAUUGACUGGCGGUAUAAGUUUGGGAGCAUUUUACGAUCCUUACGAAAUAUUUGAGUCUAUCCGUCGUGGAAAAGAGUUGGAGGUAUUGAAACGUGCUUAUCACCAGUCUCAAGAAGACACGGUGGCGGCAACUGAGGUAAAGCUUUUUGUUCAAAGAAUGAAAGUGCAACGUAAAGAUGCGUUGGAAAGGCUGGAGACAAUCAUAAAAGCAGAGGACGGCAAUAGCGGUAUCGAGUGUCUAAGAGAGGUAGAAAAACAUCUGAAAUACAUCAACAUUCAGUUCGGAAGGAUAAAUGGUUGUUGGUCAGAGGUGAUAUCUGCCAUAAGAUUAAAAAGUUUGAAAACCAAGGAGCUUUUUCACUCUUCAGACGGGUGGACUAGAACUGUACAAAAUGAGUGGGAAUUUGUUGAAGAAUUAUUUCUUCGUUAUUACAUUGAAAUCAGAAAAGACGUAAUCGAUUUAUUCAGAUUCCUUCGAGAAUCAAAAACAGAUGAUCCAGCCCAACGUCGGCAGGACUUAUUUCUCGCAAUAGGAAAAGAAAUAUCUGGAACAUAUCUUUCUCCAGAUUCAGGCGAAUCAGCAGAUCAACAUAAAACCACUGAUGUCAAAGGCAAAGCACAGUUGUUUCCUGGAGAAGAAAUAUCUGGAACUUAUUUCCCCCCAGAUUCAGGCAAAUCAUCAUAUCAACGUAAAGACACUGACAUCAAAGGCAAAGCAAAGUUGUAUCCUGGAGAAGAAAUAUCUGAAAAAAGCAAAUGUACAAUAUUAUAGAGCAAUUAGAACGAUCCCCUUAUCUUGUUUAUCAUCGGUACUUUCUACAUGGCUUAUGUAGGUUAAUGGUAACAAAAUACUGGCAUAUAAUUGGGACUAUAUAUUUAAGAUGGUGUAUCAAUCAUUGUUGACCUCGACCUCAUUGAUCUAAAUAUGAGAUACGGUUGUUUUAUCAAGUGUAUAACGCGUUAAGAAGAAACAAAUGAUGUAAAAGAGAAAUUCUGUUGUAUACUAGUCAUUGGAAAAAUGAAUUCUGAUAAGUAAUUCCCUGAUGAAAUAAAGUACAGCGUUGUAUUUUUUAUCAAUAUCAUAGCGCGUGGAUGCUAUAUUUUAAAAUGGUACUGUUCUUUGUUUCUUAAAUAAUGUGUUGUAUGCAAAGAUUGAUUCUUAUUUUUCUUUUCGAUUUUCUUAACCUUAACGAAUGCUUAUGUACUGCGCGCCAUGUAUCCAUUGUCUUUAAAAACCCAUUCCACUAGUUUUCUGUUUAAUUUUAAACAGUUCUUUUUUACAAAAUUGUCUCAUUUGCACUGGAUAUCUACCUUAAAUUAAUUGAUGCAUAUAUUCAUUCUUUCUUCGUUCCCAUUUGCUUAUCUUUGUAUAGUUCUUCUUGAUUAAAAUGAAGAUGCUAUAUUUUUGACAUUUUGAAUUUCACGAUUUGCAAAUUGUUGAACGGCCCUAUUACUGCAUUUAAUAAUGAUGUUCAGUUUUAAUGUGUCAAAGACACUCAAAUAUGAAGUUUAUUUUAUGUUACAAAAUUAUAUAUUUUUAUUUUGUAGUUAUUAUAAUAUGCACUUCUUUUUAAGGCCCCUUUGCCGUUUUUAUGCAAAUUCUAUGCUUCACAUUUUUAUAUCGUAAAUCGUCUUUUUACAUUCUUGACUGUUGAUAGUUGACGAUGCUAGAACUUUUCUAAAACUUUUACACAUAUUAGCACUUUUUUAUGGACUUCUAUGGGUUUUAAUGGUCAGAUAUUUUGAAAAUUACAACACGAAUGCUUUUGUUAUAGCUGAGUUACAAGCAUAUUAUACCCAACACUCGUUUACAUCAGUGUUAUUUUAUGUAGUUUCCAGGUAGGAAGGAAAUUAGGUCCUACAUAAAGAUGCAUUGUUCUUUGAAUAUACCAAUCAUGCAAAUUCUGAAAGAAUUGUUUGCGAUGAUUCUUCUCCCUCCAACACCACCGUUUAUAGGUGUGUAAGGAUAUUUGAAAAAGGGUAAUCUAUAAUAAACUGUUCGAGAUCAAUCUAGUCUACCUAGUAAAGUGUGCCUUAAAACGUCUGCAUUCUCUCACAACAUUGUUGCUGUAGCAACCAUUGUAGCAUAUAACUAAAGGUGUAGUUUCCCGUGUAUCUGCAUCAUAGCUCAUUUGACCGUAGUGUGUUCAUGAAAUUCCGACUUAUGAGAGACUUCAAUAAACAAUGUUCAUCCAUUCUACAGAUAAAAGGAGCAACUUGGACAGCAAAAAAUGUUCCCAAAUAUAAUAAAAUUUGGUUUUAUUUAGUUGUUUCAUGCCUUUGGAUUACACAUAUUAAAUAUUUUAGUUAACUACCGACAAUUUUUCGUUAUUUCAUUGAUUUUACAAAGAUAGCUGUAAAUCAGCGACAAAUACGUUACAGUGCGAAUUUUCAUUCAAAAGAAUAUUUUAAUAUAACACAUAACAAUAUUUGUGUCCGUUUUUACGUGUUCAGACUAAAUAUUCUUUAUAGUUUUAUAAGAAAUGAAGUUAUUUAUAUAUUAUGAUCGAAAACAUAAAUCAAAUUGUAUGGAAAAACUAACGUAAUUUACACAAAUGUCAGCUGUCAUAAAACGCACUUCCUUAUGGAUUAUGAAAUAAGAUCUAUAUCAUGUUUAUAUUUCAUAUAUUUUGAUAUGAUUAUAUUUGAAAAAAAAAGAAAUAGAAUAAAAUGUUUAUGUUUUGUAAAGAAAAACUUUAAUUUGAACAUCUAACAUAAAAAUAGAAAUUGUAACGUAUCUGUUUUAUUCAACAUUUAUGAUGUCUUAUGAACUCCAGAUAUCAACAAUGAAAUCGUAAUCAACUAUUUUCUAUAACUUUAAGUUAAAGUGAUGAUUAUUCAAACAAUUCAAACAUUUUUACACUUUUAUAGCGCAGUUGUAUAACGUAGCUGUUGUUUGUAACGUAUCUGUUUUUAAUAUGUUUUCUCAAGUGAAAAAAUAUGAAAUCUGGACUGAAAGAUAAAUACUUGACUCGGAUACAAAGUUAAACACAUGUUCUACCACACUGUCCAGUAACAUUUCUAGAUAAAUGCAAUAUAAAUGUAUGCUGAAUGAAACACUUCGUAACGUAUCUGUUAAAAACAAAUUGAAACACAGUGGCAGUUGAACAUCAUCUUAUUUUAUUUUCUACAAUAUGUUUAUUUCGUUAAUAAAUAAAUGUUAUUUUGGUAA